AUAUCCUAAGUUCAUUUUGUAUUCCUGCGUAGUUCAUCUUCAUCGAAAAAUGCGGGCAGUCUUCGUCCUUUGCCUAUUGAGCUGCUCUGGCUAUUUCAGCCAGGGAGAGUUUAUUGAAGACACAAUCACUUACGGCUCGUUCCCCCCUGGCUUCAUAUGGGCCGCUGCCACGGCAUCUUAUCAAGUAGAGGGUGCCUGGAACGUCGAUGGUCGAACGCCCAGCAUCUGGGAUACUUUUGUUAGGACUCCUGGCACGAUUGCUGAUCAAUCUACUGGAGACGAUGCCUGUCUCAGCUACUAUCUGUACGAGCAAGAUGUUGCUUUGCUGAAAUCUAUGGGCGUGAGCCACUACCGAUUCUCAAUUUCCUGGUCCCGUGUCAUCCCGAACGGAGUCGGUGCAUCCAACCCUCUCGGCAUUCAGUAUUACAAGAACCUGAUUGCUGCUCUUAAAGCUGCUGGAAUUAAACCCAUGGUGACGCUGUACCAUUGGGAUCUUCCACAAGUUCUAGAAGACCAAGGCGGAUGGCAGAAUCCUGAAAUCGCCACCUGGUUUGAAGCUUAUGCCGAUCUGUGCUUCGAACAAUUUGGAGCAGAUGUAGAAUACUGGAUCACUUUCAAUGAGCCAUGGUGCCAGUCUUAUCUAGGGUAUGGUUCUGGAUCAAAAGCUCCGGGCAUUAAACAAUCGGGAACACAGGAUUACAUAGCCGCACACAACCAACUGCGCUCACACGCCAAAGCUUACCGGCUGUACGAGCUGAAGUACAAACAAACGCAACAGGGAAAAGUGGGCAUCACCUUGAAUAUUAGCUGGGCAGAACCUGAAGACAACAGUACAUCGGCUGCGGCGGCAGCUGAACGUUCCUUGCAGUUUGCUGGUGGGUGGUACGCCAAUCCCAUCUGGGGCCCCAACGGAGACUACCCACAAGUGAUGAUUGAUUUGAUCGGUCGGAAAAGCACAGCAGCAGGCCUCCCACAAUCCCGUCUCCCCGUUUUCACGGAGGCUGAGAAAAUUGAACUCAAAGGUUCUUCCGAUUUCUUCGGCCUGAACUUUUAUUCUUCCGAAAUCGUCAGGGAAGAAUUGUUCGAUGAUACGUUGGUCGACUAUACCACCGACAAAGAUGCCGUCGCAUACCAAGACAAGGAGAACUGGUAUGGAACGGCAUCGACUUGGCUUCGUAUCACUCCGUGGGGUAUCCGUCGCAUGUUGAACUGGAUUAAGGAGCGCUACAACAACCCUGAUGUCAUCAUCACGGAGAACGGAAUGAGUGACCGCAGUGGAUUUUUGGAUGACUCCAUGAGAAUCUAUUUCUACAAGUAUUACAUCAACAACGUUCUUCAAGCCGUUCAGGAUGGGGUUAACGUCAUCGGCUACACAGCCUGGAGUUUGAUGGACAACUUUGAGUGGGAGCGCGGCUACCUGGAGCGAUUUGGAAUGCAUUACGUAAACUUUACGGAUCCCGCCAGGCCUCGCAUUCCGAAAGCCUCGGCCAACUACUACGCCCGGCUCAUCCAGAAGAACGGAUUCGGCCCAGAAGAAAUUUGCGAUUCGGCCAACGUUUACUGAUUUCGAAAAAAGAACUUUCUGCGUUAUUCCAUGUGUAACAGAUUUACUUUUACCAAACAUGAUGAAAUAACACAGGCACUAUAAACGUAAAAGGAAAUGUCA